AUGGCGCUGCCGGCUGGGAAUUAUUCGGCAGCUGCGAAAAAGUGUCUCGCCGGUAUGCCUUUAUUUGGCAAAAAAGGCAUCUCUCUCGCCUCCACGAGGAAGGCUGCUCUAUUCUUAGUCGUGAAGGCACAUCCUACACGCCUCAUCACCUCACACUACUGCAUCCAUUGCCCCUGGCAGGACCUCAUUCUCCGCACUUUUAAGAGAUGCGACGAUGGGAUCGCAUGGCAGGGUGGGAGGGCGAAGGAGGAGGGCGGAGGAGGAGGGUGGAGGGACAGGAAUGUAAUGCUUCAUCCUCGGCCUACACACUCCCCAAUCCUCUGCUCGUGUUCCUCCAACCUCCAAGUGAUACACGUCGCCUGUUCUUGCCGCCGCCACCACCACCGCCACCUCAACCACCAAUAA